ACGCAAAGUUGUACUGAUAGUAUUCUUGCUGCCCCAAAUAAAUGGAUGAAACAUCUGCAGAAAGGGCAAAUGAGAACACUGGUAAACAAAGAAACAACGCGGGACCGUUACCAAAGAUUCUUUACGACUUGUUUCUGAAUUGUCUUUGCGCGCGUUCCGCAGCCACCCUCCCUAAGUGGCAAUGUUGUUGGCCCAGCGGACCCGAAUUAAAAGCGGCGGGUUUUCCGAAACCCAGAGGUGGAAUAACAAGACGAGAAAGGUUUAAAAGCUGGGCUGAACGCAUGGAUGUACGCUUUGACGCCGAAGCAAACUGUCAUGUACUCGUUUAUAAGAGAACUGGAAAGAUUAUUAUACCAAUGGAAGAGUUUCAAACAGUGGUGCGGAAAGUUCAUUCGAUGGGACAUUACGAUGCAAGGAAAACCUUUUCUAUGAUACAAGAAAAAUACACAGUGGGCCACAGAGACUUUGGAAUUGACAAAAGUAUUAUCAGUGUUGUAGUAGAAACAUGUCCUAACUGCCUUAUGAAAGAAAAACUUACAAAUGGACUCAGAAAUGGUGAUAAUUGUCAACUGGAACAUGAAAGACUUUCCCCAGUAACUUACAAUGGGAAGUUUUUAAGUGAUGCAAAAUCAAUGGUUGCCAAUGCUCCUGAUAGCAAGUGCAUAUGGUUUGAUAAAUCAGUCCUCACAGAUAAUCAAGAUUUUAACAGUAAACUUAGAGGUUUGAUUAAUGAACUGAGAGGAGAGUUAGGAGCUGUUCUGAGAGGAAGCAGAGAUGCAAGGGAUAGACUUUUAAAAAAAAUAUCCAUCACACAAUUCGUUAUCAAUGAACACAAAAGUUCAUCACAGCAAUCUACAGAAAUACCGGAAUAUAAUCAAAAAUUUAUUGAUGACAUGAAAUCUCUACUAGAAAGCUACAGAAUUCAAGGUAGAGAAAAGCUGUUUCUCGCCGAUAUGGAACUUCUUGCCGGAGCCUACAAAACAGCAGGCUAUACGGACUUGUUUCUCCAAAGUGUGGAGGCACUCAUACGUUCAUUGGUAUCCAGAUGACACAUGCUAUGUGGCUGGAAAUUAACAUGUUCGUGUUUUGUUUUACCUGUUUUUUUCCCGCGCGCCUUCUCGUUCGUGCGCGUUGUUCCCACGCGUCCUAUCAAUGCAUUCGAGUCUGGUUCUCUGUUUGCGCCCCUUGAUUAUUAUAAUUGUUUGAUUUCCUGGGGCAUUAUUCCCCCUGAAUACAAAAGCAAAGUGAUGCUAAGCUCCGUCGUUAGGAAUUGACUGAAAUAAAAAGUUUUCUUUAAAAUUCGAUUCAACUGGUAUCUAAUGUCUGAGUCAAAACAAGGACUCACCGAAAUUUGGACCAAAGUUAUGUAAAUUAAUCAGAACACUUCAUUUUCUCUCUGCCUCGCGCGAAACGUGUAAAGGUAUCAGAUGUAAGCGAUGCAGUGCAUGCUUUCCUGAAACCAGGGAAGAAACCUUCUACCAGCAUUUUAACAGCUUAUGAUCGAGACAUUAUAAUUCUUCCAGGAUCCGAAGCGUUCAGGACAAAAUGAUUACAUGUAUUUUUUUAAAUGGAUUAUGCCCUUGAAAACAAGAAAAAUUAAAACACCUAUCAUCAAACAACAGAAGCUAAAAAGGAUCAAAUACGAGGUUUCGUCUAGAACACUCGAGACAGAGUUAGAAUUCCGUUGUCGUGAACAUGAAUAAAGGGGUUUCUUUCUAAAGAAACUGUGGUGUUGCAUCGGUGAGGGGUGUUACAUGGUAAUUUGGUUCUAUGAACUGAAUUGAUAAUGUAAACUAGCCACCAUAAAGAGUUUCUAAGCUCACGUUUCAAGCGUUCGCCCUCCGUCAGAGCGAAUGACGAAGGGCUAGCGCUUGAAAGGUGAGCUUUAGAAACUUUUUACGACAGUCAAUAUACAAUUUCAACUCAGUUCAUAAAAUCAAAUUGUUUUUCAUGAACAGAGGCUACUUCGAAGAGGUUCUUCGCUGGUUACAUCGACGUGGCUUCUUCAAUUGCUUCUAAUAUUUGAUUGUUCUUUUGUUUGCGUUUGUUGAUGAUUAAACAAUGAUA